GAACUGGCUCCUCGAGAUACGUUUCUUGCUAGGUCUGAGGUUUACUCUGACUUUUUUUGGCGGGAGGUCGCAGAGUGGAAGGACCCAGUGGGCGUUAGGACCUGGCCGCAGUGCUGGAGAGAAGCGAAUCCCUCGGACUCACCGUGAUGACCACAACCACGUGGUGAAGUCAGUCCUAUAUAAACCUCUCUCUCCAACCGGCCGCCUUCAGAUGUGCAUGUGUGUGCUGGCACAGGGACCGUUGUUUUCCAGCAGAAGGAACAGAGGAGUGCGCAAACUGAAGAGGAAAUCACUUUUGCCUGCUCAUAAGGUAGUUCAUCCUAUCACUCCAUACUCUCCUUCGGUGUCAGGCAAGUUUAGGACGCGUGAGACAGGUACAGCUUUAUUUUCUUCAGCAUCUGCUGGUGCCAGACGCGAGGAGGAGGAGAGGCGAUGCGCCUUGCGGACUGAGCUGAGGCUUUUCCUGGACCUCCACAUCUUCUCACACAGCGAGGGCGAGUCAUUGUGCGGCGCUUUGGAGAGAGUUUGCGGCGCUCUGAUGCGGUGGAGGUGCGCGCAAAAAGCCCGCAGACGACGCGUCUGUCAGAAAGAGAGCUUUGAGAAGCAGACACUUUUGAUGGCCAAAUCAAUGGCUCUUAUAGUGCCUCGUGAUUCCGUGCACUUGCUAUGAAGUGAUUUGGAAUGAAGAUCUUAGUUUGGAUCUGACAGACCAUUUCGUGUUGGCACCUCGGAUGGAUUUGCAGGAACAAUAAACAAAGACGUUUGCCAUUGAUAAUAGCGUGCGCAAAAAAAGUUACAUUUGGCUUCGCCAUCGAAAUGACUGGGCUUCUGCGUAACUUAAUUAAUUAAUAAGCAUUUUCAAACUCGCUUUAGCUUCCAAAACAAAAGCACAAAAUGAACUUGUACGUCUUGAGUCUCCUUCUGACCUUGGAUUUAGCCACAGUGGCCGUCAGUCUAUCCACAUGCAGCACUCUGGACAUGGAGCAGUUCAAAAAGAAGCGGAUCGAGGCCAUCCGCGGUCAGAUCCUCAGUAAACUCAAGCUGAGCUGUCCUCCCGAGAUCUACCCCGAGCCCGAGGAGGUGUCCCGGGACAUCAUCGCCAUCUAUAACAGCACGCGAGACUUGCUGCAGGAGAAAGCCAACGAGCGCGCGGCCACCUGCGAGCGACAGCGCAGCGAGGAGGAGUACUACGCCAAAGAAGUGCACAAGAUAGACAUGCAGCCCUUCUACCCUGCCGAGAAUUUCAUCUCUUCAACGCAUUUCAACCCGUACUUCAGGAGGCUCAGGUUUGACGUGAGCUCCAUGGAGAAGAACGCCUCGAACCUGGUGAAGGCAGAGCUCAGGAUCUUCAGGCUGCAGAACCCAAAGGCCCGUGUGUCUGAGCAGCGCAUCGAGCUUUACCAGAUCUUAGGUCACAAGGACCUCACGUCCCCCACGCAGCGCUACAUUGGCAGCAAGGUGGUGCGCACCCGCACGGAGGGAGAGUGGCUAUCGUUCGACGUGACGGAGGCCGUCAGCGAGUGGCUGCUGCACAGAGACAGAAACAAUGGAUUCAAGAUCAGCCUGCACUGUCCCUGCUGCACAUUUGUGCCGUCAAAUAAUUACAUCAUCCCCAACAAGAGCGAGGAGCUGGAGGCGCGCUUUGCAGGUAUAGAUGACAGCUUUGUGCAAGGAGGGGAUCUGAAGAUGUUUAAAAAGCGGCGUCAGAGCGGUCAGUCUCCGCACCUGCUGCUGAUGCUGCUCCCUUCAUACCGGCUGGAGUCACAGCACAAGAGCCACAGACAGAAACGCGCUCUGGACGCGGCCUUCUGCUCCAGGAAUGUGCAGGACAACUGCUGUUUACGCUCUCUCUACAUUGACUUCAAGAAGGAUCUGGGCUGGAGGUGGAUCCAUGAGCCCAAAGGUUAUAACGCCAACUUCUGUGCAGGAGCCUGUCCGUAUCUGUGGAGCGCAGACACCCAGCACAGCAACAUCCUUGGCCUCUAUAACACCAUCAAUCCAGAAGCAUCUGCAUCUCCUUGCUGUGUGUCUCAGGAUCUGGAACCCCUCACGAUCCUUUACUACAUCGGAAAAACCCCCAAAAUCGAGCAGCUCUCCAACAUGAUUGUCAAGUCCUGCAAGUGCAGCUAGGAACCGAUCAGCUCCGUUUCCAAGAACACGCAUUCACUCAAACAAACACACAGUAAUUUAAAACCCAAUCACACACGUGCUGCGCAGGGUGUUGAGGUACAGCAGAGUAAUUCCUACAAACUCUCACAAACCACAGCACACAUCUGAAUGUGUGAACUUGUGCUGGAAACGGCCCUGUCGGCAUGUGUCACAUCACCCGCUCAUCACUCUAUGGAUGUGAGUUUGGCAAACACUGGAAGUACGUGAUCUAUAUGUGUCUAUAUGUGAAGCAAGCGGAAGGGAAAAUCCCUUGUUCCAUUUAUUUCAAACCAACACUUCUGUUUUUGUUCCCCUCAGUAAUACGAAUAUUGUUUGUUUGGUAAUAUAUAAAACCCAUGAUAUUGUUCACCAAUACUGGUGAAGAGCUGGAAACUUCUGGCAAACAGUACAGAUGUCACAAAUGAACUUUGAGUUUUGGCGCAAAUUAAGCGUUUUUGGAUUGGGGUUGGUGACAGAAAGAUGAAAUAUUGCGGAAAGUUAAUGCAAGCCUCAGAAAGACAUAGUUUAAGCCACCUUACAUGGAGUAAAAAAAGGCCAAGAACAAUAAGUCAUGUUGUUUCUAGCAGCCAAAGACAUUUUGUUCCAUUGCAAACACAAACAUUCUUUACACAAAUACGCAACUGCACACGCAAAUGCUGCAAAGCAAAACCAUUGCAUUUUUGUAUCACUGGCAGAAAAAAACAGUUUCCAUCAAAUAUGUGCACCAUAAAUCCAAAUGUUUUAUUAUGCAGAUAGCUGGAUAUAAACAUGCUCAGAAAGAUUCUCUUCAAACUUUUGCUCUGCCAUGACAACAAUUAACCUGGCAGAGAAAGGUAUGUUAGUCCACUGUAGCGCCCCUGAGAAUGCAACAUGUACGUGUGAUAUUUAGUUGUGUUUCAGAACUUAACAGCAUGUGAAACUAAGUUUGCAAAGCAAGACGUGUUUAUGAUUGUGUACGUAUAUGUGGAAGAACUUUAAGCGCCUUAUUCUGAAGUUUAAAAUAUUUGUACACAAAUUUAUGUCAAGCUAGCUCUUAACACAA